AUGGGUGCCUUUGCAAGUGGGGUGCAGAGUCCCCAAGUGCCACCCGAGCCUGCCGGCUGCCUGGCCAGGGACUUUCGCCUGGCAGCCAGUGUCUUUGCUGGGCUCCUUUUCCUGGCCUAUGCUGUGGAGGUGGCCUUGACCCGUGCCCGGCCAGGCCAGGUGGCCAGCUACAUGGCCACAAUGUCGGGGCUCCUCAAGAUCGUCCAGGCCUUCGUGGCCUGCAUCAUCUUUGGGGCGCUGGUCCAUGACAGCCACUACAGACGCUACGUGGCCACCCAGUGGUGUGUGGCUGUCUACAGCCUUUGCUUCCUGGCCACAGUGGCUGUGGUGGCUCUGAGUGUGAUGGGCCACACAGGGGGCCUGGGCUGCCCCUUCGACCGUCUGGUGGUGGUGUACACCUUCCUGGCCGUGCUCCUCUACCUCAGCGCUGCAGUCAUCUGGCCUGUGUUCUGUUUCGACCCCAAGUAUGGUGAGCCCCGGCGGCCCCCCUACUGCCCCAGGGGCAGCUGCCCCUGGGACAGCCAGCUGGUGGUGGCCAUCUUCACCUACGUCAACCUGCUCCUCUACGUGGCAGACCUCGCCUACUCCCAGAGGAUCCGCUUCGUGCCUGCCCUGUAGCCAGCAGGCAGCAGCCACUACCUCUGCUCUCCAGGGGCUCGUGAAGGCCAUCCAGGUGAACGGGGAGCAAGGUGGAGGCAGACCACCAGGUGGGCUGCUCCUGGACUUCGGGCCGUGCUCAGCAGCUUGGCCCAGGAACGGUUGGCAGGGGGACGGAGGGGCAGGAGGCAAGGGGAGGAGCUCCACUAGCCAGCUCCCAGCCCCUCUAUCUUCUCUCUGUCUGUCUGUUUCCAUCUCUCCCUUUCUCCCUCUCUCUCACUCCCUCCUUUUGUCUCUAUCUCCAUUUCUCUCUGUAUUUCCUGGCCCCCCCUGGCUCAGUGCUGGUCACUGUAGCACAUGAGAAGCUUUUGAAGCAAGGGCUGUCGUGACCCACUUUGCAGAUGGAGACACCGAGGCUGGGACUUAGGAAGCAGCCCUGGGUGUCCUUCAGUGCCUGGAGACUGCAUUUGGGCUGGGUGGCCUAAGUAGAGUUGGGAAGGGGACGAUUCCCAGAGGUAUGAGAAGAGGUGGGAAAGGAGCCCAGGAAGGGGCCAGAGCCCAGCCAGCAGAGGGGUCUGGGGAGCCAGCUCCAUGGCUAGCCAUGAGGGGGCAGCUCUCCCAGCAGGACCUGCUGGGGCGUCUGUGCUAGCGGGAGGAGGAGGAGCCAGGAAUCAGGACCCUGCCUCUCCUGCUCUGAGUGGCCACAACUGUGGGAAGCAGGUAGGGACUGUGUUGAGAUCACAUGGGGCAGCCCCUGCAGCUGGAGAUGGUGCAGGUGGCCUGCAGGAGCCCACGGAGGCCUUAGCCCAAGAGCACAGCACGACGUGGAGAGCCCGGGUUCCCACCACUGACUCCGACACAAGAGCUUCUGCAGUGGCUGCCGUGGGCCCAGGGGAGGCUGGCCUGGAGCAGCACUGGAACACGGGGCCUGGGCUCUGGGCACUCCUGGCUCUUGCAGGCCCACAACCUCUGCUCAAGCAUCCUGCACCUGGCUGCUGAACACCAAGGCCUGCUGGGGCCACCACCCUCCAUACUCCAGCCUGCUUCUCUGUCUUGAGAGCCCAGCCUGGGCCAGCCAUGGGCACCCACUGGCUGCCCCUCAGCUGGCCUAGGGCUGAAGCAGGAAAUAAACACGAUACUGAUUUGCA